AAAUGGUGAUUUUAUCAAAGACUUAUUAGCGGAUUUGACAGGACAAGUGCAGGAAGCUAUAGGAAAACAAGAAUGAUUCGAUAAAUGGAGGGUACAUUAUUUACCUAGUUUAACAGGUUAGUUUUAUUGUAGAAUAGAAAAAAAAAUAACACAUCAAACUGAUUUCUUACAUUUCAGAUGCUCAUCUUCUUCAAGUCUGUAAUAAUUUCAAGGAUCCAGGUGUUCAACAUUAUGGAAAAGGCGUACUUUUCUCGAAGAUACGUGAUGAAAUGGAUGACACAUUUUGUAGCUUACAUGCUCCUAUAUCUUCAUUAACAACAAGUGCUCCAGUAGAUAUGGCUGUGUUCUAUAAUCCUGCUGGUGGAUGUUUUCACGGAGAAUGCUCUGUAAGCUUAAUGAAUGGUACAACGAACUUAGUAAAAGAUGUUCAGCCAGGUGACCGAAUGGCGCUACAUGGUGGCAUGGUUCGAUUUGUUGUCAAAACAAAAUGUCAGAAUCAAAAAGCAAAAAUGGUUAUCGUGAGUAACUGA